AUGUUCUACACACAUGUCCUUAUGAGCAAACGAGGGCCGUUGGCCAAAAUAUGGCUUGCAGCCCACUGGGAGAAGAAGCUCACAAAGGCCCAUGUGUUUGAAUGCAACCUAGAGCUAACCAUAGAAAAAAUCCUUUCACCGAAGGUGAAAAUCGCACUUCGAACCUCAGGACAUCUUCUCCUGGGAGUUGUUCGCAUCUAUAAUAGGAAGGCAAAGUAUCUUUUGGCAGAUUGCAGUGAAGCGUUGCUUAAGAUGAAGCUGACAUUUCGCCCAGGGCUGGUUGACCUUCCAAAAGAGAAUUUUGAAGCAGCUUACAAUGCGAUCACAUUGCCAGAAGAAUUUCAUGAUUUUGACACCCAGAAUAUGAAUGUUGAUGUUUCAGAGAAUUUUACUCAAAAUCAAAGUAGACCAGAAGAAAUUACAAUUAGAGAAGACUACGACAAGGAUCUACUUUUCCAAGUUGCGACUUUUGGGGAGGAAUCUGAAGUUCUCAGAAAACAUAGCUUCUUUGAUGACAAUGUAUUACUGAAUUCCAGUGGUUUUUUGGUUGAAAAUAGUUCUGGAAGCCUUGCUGGAGAAAAAUCCCUGUUUUAUGACAGUGGAGAUGGAUUUGGAGAUGAAGGAGCUGCAGGAGAAAUGAUUGAUAACUUAUUGCAAGAUGACCGAAAUAUCCUGUUAGAAGACAUGCACAUAGACAGAGAGAUUUCCCUGCCUCCUGAGCCUGCCAAUACUACACUGGAAGAACUGGAUAAUUCAGAAUGUAUAGGUCCAUGUGAAAAUGAAGAAAUAAACAAAACCACAUCAUUAUCAAAUGAAGAUGGAUUUACCCUUGAUCCAAUUAAUAUUUCAGACAUUGCUGGGAAAAGGAAAGGCAAGCGGAGGAAAUUGCUCAUAGACCCAGUCAAGGAGAUCAGUAGCAAAGCGAUGCAGAAACAGCUCACUUCCUUUAUAGACACUCUUACGGUUUUGGAACUGGCACCUCCUACGCAUAAACUAAUGAUGUGGAAGAAGAAAGGAGGAGUGGAUACGCUUUUGUCAACUGCUGCUCAGGAUUUGAUUCAUGCUGAACUGAAAAGGUUGUUUGCAAAAUGCUUUCUGUUUUCUGACUUUAAACUUGGAAGAAAAUUAUUACAGAAGGAUUCAGGAAAAGAACUGGCAAACAAAAACAUAGCAGAAAUUUCGAUGGUGGAAGAGCCAAAUUACCAGCAAGAGUUAAGUCAAAACAAAGCUUGGGAGGAAGUGAUUAAUGGAUAUAGACACAGCUUUCAAGAAGAUGAACACAGUAGAAACAGUAACUCUGAACAGGAUGCUAUUGAUAUGGCUUCUUCUGUUGCUGAGGAAAUCUCUUUGACAAAUGCCUUCUUGGCAGAAGAGAUUGACAGUUAUCCAGCUGACUUGGAGUCACUGGGGGAUGAACAAACUAUUGAGGCAGAGAGAUGGAAUCGAAGAACUCUUCAGCUGUUAAAAAGCUUAAGGGAAUCCAACAAGAUGGGAAUACAGUCCUUUAGUCUGAUGAAGCUCUGCAGGAAUAGUGACCGGAAACAAACAGCUGCCAAAUUUUAUAGCUUCCUUGUCCUAAAAAAGCAGCGGGCAAUUGAGCUGAGUCAGCAUGCUCCCUAUGCAGAUAUUAUAGCUACAGUGGGACCAAUGUUCUAUAAAAUGUGA